UCCUGGCCCAAAACACACACACACACACUCGGCUGAGCGGCGUCUCGGAGGAGGGGAGGAGGAUGUGCACUGGAUGUUCUUCGUCAGCCGUCACGACAUGAACGAUAUGAGCAACAAAUACGCGGAAUUAUGGACGGGACCAGAACCGCGGACGGCGUCGUAGCGCUAUAGAAAGUGCCCGUUGUUGAAAAGAGACCUGUUUUUCUGUCGAAGUUCAAUCAUGCGGCUCACGGGGAUCAGCAGGUCUGUGGCGGUCGUGCUCUGCCUUUUAGGAUGCGAUAUCUGGAAAGCAGUGACUGAAGCUUUGCGGGAAGACAGCGAUGCCAAAGAAGUGGCAUUGAAGGUUCACCUGAGUGACGCCAGCACUCACCAGCCCCUCUCCGCUGUCACCGUGGAGAUCUUCGCCAACCACACCCCCAUCACUAGGGAGAUCUCCGGCGUCGACGGCAACGCGUUCGUCAGGUUCCACUACCGCCUGGGCGACCUGCUCGUAAUCACGGCGACUAGGCGUGGCUACGUUCCAAACUCCGCCCCAUGGCAACAGACCAAGCUGCCUGUCUUCUCGUCUCUCAGCCUGGAUCUGCUUCCCGAGAGAGCUGCUACUCUGAUGGUGUAUGACAACGACAUUCAAAUCAUCUCUGGAUACCAAGGAUCAAAGCUCCAGCCGUGGGUUCACUUCCAGAGAAGAGCACUGAGUCUUCCUCCAAAUGCCACCUACACCAACCUGACCGCCUUUCUGACUGUCACUCACUCAGGACAAGACGCACAGCACUUCCCCUACCUGCAGGGUCUCCGCUCCAACAGCACAGGCAGUGAUCAUAGGUUUGAGCUGACCCCUGUAGCUGCUAUUAGUGUCCAUCUUCUGGGAAGUGAUGGGGUGGAACUUCAUGUCAAUGAGCCAAUCAGUGUGAGCAUUCCCCUGCCUGCCAAUAGCGGGCUAAAGGAGAAUGACCACAUACCCGCCUGGAGGUUCGAUCCCAAACUCGGGGCCUGGUUGAAGAGCAGUUUGGGGUACGUACAGAGAGAAGGAGGUGAGCUCACCCUUACGUACUUCGCCCCUCAGCUGGGAUACUGGGUGGCAGCCAUGUCUCCUGUAAACACAGGUCCUGUGGUUGCAAAAGACAUCAGCACAUACCACACUGUGUUCCUGUUAGCCAUACUGGGAGGCAUGGCCCUAAUCCUGCUCUUCCUCCUCUGCCUUCUGCUGUAUUACUGCAGAAGGAAGUGUGUGCGCUCUCGGCGAGCCCACCAGAAGUUUGCUCUGUCCUCGGCUCUAGACGGCUCCAAACGGGACCAGGCCACAUCCAUGUCGCACAUGAACCUCAUCAGCGAGACCCACCUGGACCAAGUAGGGGCAGAGCCAGACCUGCACACGCCCAUGCUGAAACCUCGCCCCUACAAUUCGUCUACCAACGAGACGGUAGCAUCUCAGGACGAGCUUCGGAGCCGCGGCUCCACCAGCAAUGCUUACCGGCGUUCAGCUGAGACGUUUGCCCUAAAAUCGGCUUCAGAGGGCUACGACUCCCCAGCGACUCGCGGCGAAUACCGACGGAGCUACACCUCCAUCAUCUCUUCUUCUGUUCAUCCCCUCCACACCUCUGUUUCCUCCUCCUCCCCCCAUCCGCUGCACCAUACGGCAUCGGCUGGCCGGUUGUCCUCGGACAGCAAGGCCAGUGUACGCGAUCCCCGGCUCUCUCCAGUCACAGCCACACCUGUUGCCAUGGGAACACCUGUGGCCGCGCCCACAAGCCCCGCCGUUUCCCCUGAGAGAGAGCUGGGCAUGAUAGAGCGCAGGCCAGCUGACUACUUGCUCUCACGGUCAGUGGAUCAUCUGGAGCGUCCUGCUGCUUUCCCACGCCCGGGAGCUCUGCUGUGCUGCACCUCUGAACUCCAGGUAAGCCAGGGCGGAGCCACCUAUCAAAAAGCUCGCCCCACCCUGCUAAUCCCUGCCCACUACAUGCGACUGCCUGGGACGCACCCCCUGUCAGGCCAGGCACUUCUGCUCCAGUCGGAUGAACAGAGUGAGCUGGAGAGCAUCCGCGCGGAGCUUAACGCAUCCCAUCAGUCCCAGGGGGAGGCGGGGCAAGGGGACAAAGAGGGAGGGCUGGAGGAGCGGAGAGAGGGAGCAGGAGGGGAUGGGGGAGGGCCCGGGCCAGCAGAGGAGUGGACAUUACAGACUGCAGCGCUGCCCGAAGCUCUGUCCAUCCCCAACUCGCUCAGUCAGGCGGGGUUAGGGGUGGUACAAAUGAACGGAGAGGAUCAGCUAUUGGCCGAAAAGACACUUAUGGAGCUGAGGGGUGGGAAGCCCCUCCCACACCCUCGAGCCUGGUUUGUGUCAUUGGAUGGACGCUCAAACGCCCAUAUCCGCCAUUCCUAUAUCGAUCUGCAGAAGGCAGGGCACAAUGCUAGUUGUGCAGGAAGCAAUGAUGCUAGCCUGGACUCUGGCGUGGACAUGAGUGACCUCACGCCAGGCCGCAAGGGCCGAGGUCAAGAAAAAGGCCGGCCCACGUCGCCUGCUGUCGCGUUUACGCAGCUGGUGUUUGUGGAGAACUCUAAAUCUAGCAGUGAUGCCGAUGCUAAUGCUAACGCCAAAGUCAGCCCCACUCCAGUCUGCAGCCCUGAGGAUCACUCGCUUGAGCCCUUGCUGCCCGAGAGAGCUGGUCAGGAGGCAGAGGCAGAGACUUUAAUGACCCCAUCACCUCCUUUGCUGCCCUCUCCUCCGCUCCCUUCACCUCCUCCUCUCCCUGAGCCCAUGGAGGUGGGGGAGGAGGAUGAGAGAGGAGACAAAGAGCUGAUCCUCAGGACUGAGAACAAGGACGACCUGGCUGCACCUGACGACAGCGGCGAGGACGAGAACAAGAAGAGUCCAUGGCAGAAGCGCGAGGAGCGACCACUGCUUGCCUUUAACCUCAAAUGACCCCCAGACCAUCAAACUCUUUACCUUCUGUCCUGUCCUAACGAUGGGAAUUGCCUUCUAUAAAGCGGUAGUUUAGCAAAAAAUCUGAUUUACACAGUUUCCCUAUUAUUAUCCAUAAUGUAGUCGAUCAUAGAUAUUUGGUGUCUAAAGUUUGCUUAUUUAGUUUUUCACUGGAGCUACAAGUAAAGCACAGACACAGUACUGGGGAAUCCAGUGCUCUGUACAAUGAAUGAAGUACUUUUGUUCAUUAUUAUGGGUAUUAAAGACCAUUUGUGAUGAAAGUGUAAUGUUUGUGGUGGGCUAAGGACCAAAAAGACAAAACAUUCAGCUACCUUGUUAGCCUAUAUAAGCCAAGUGUCAUGUAGCCUAAAGAGUGAAAUGAAAAUGUAUGUUCUCUCGUUGGGUGAGAAGGCAACCUUCUAGGGGUCCCUUGUGGGCCAGCACUGGCCAGCAGGCCACACUUUGGGCAGUCCUGUCACAUAAGCAAGCCUAGGUUACUCGCUUAAUGUGUUAGCAUCAUUAGCCCUGUAGCUCCAUUGUAAAACUAAAGAAGAAACUUCACAUACCAAGCAUGUUGACUGUGUUUGGAGGUAAGGGGGGAAACUGCGUAGAUUUGCUUUUUCUCCAAACUAUUGUAUAAAUACAGGCUUUGGGUUUGCCUAUAUUUUUUGUUGUACCUGUGAAAGCGGAAAACGGGAGCAUCGCGACCUGAAUUGAUUACGGGAAAAGGCUCCAAGCAGCGCUUCCAAGCUCAUGAUCCAGGAACUUGCUUAUGUAUGAAGAAACUGAAAUUCAAAAGCAAGAAAAAGCACUCCUUUGAACACAUUUAUGCACAACAGCUAUGCCUUUAUUAUUGUUUGUUUGUUUGGUUUUUUUUUGUUAUACAUACUGAGCAAAAAAAAGAGAGCCAUUGUAUGAUGGUGAGAUGUCUAGCUUUAUGAACUGCUGCUGCUGUUCAGGUUAGCAAUAUGAUCUUUGGUUGGUGGCAUAUGGGCACUGCAGUUUGAUAGCAGUAAAUCUGCACGUAGUCAUUGGCAUUCAUUGUACCCAAUCACUUAGCUGAGAAAGGUCAGGUGUAUUAAGUACAGUCUUCCAUGUUUGAGUCUGCAAUUCUAAUGUAAUUCUAAAUCCAUGAUGGUUUUCAGUCUUUCAUGGUAAGAUUUUCUCAGUCCCUCCAAUGUUUCCAUAUUUAAUGCAUCUGAGUCAUAUAAAGUGCUGGAGUGCACUGGCAUCAUUGUUGGUUUAGCAGAUUAUGCUGGUGCUGCCUGAUCUUUAUAUUACUACCAUUAAAUAAUAUGAAAAAAACAAACAGCACUAGCAUUUUGUUUGUUUAUCAAAUUUUGCUAAUGCUGUAUGAUUUUGUUCUGUAUCCUUUGCAUAAUUUGUUAAAUAUUAGUUUAUUAUGCUAGUGUUGAAUGCUCUUUUUCUGUAUUAUUUGAUAAACAAUUCAACCAAUCAAAACAGAGCCAUUUCUUCAUCAACAGGCAAUUCCUAUAGAGUCAAAACCUAUUUGUGAGCUGAUGUGCUUCACACUUGCAGGCCCAUAAUGCCCACUAGAAAGCCAUAGCUAUGCAUUGCUUUGAUACUGCAGAUUUGGAAGCUUAAUAUGCCUUUUUUGCCAUUUUAUUCACUACUUUGUGGUUUAAAUGCAAUAUUUUAGUGACCAUUUUAUCCAGCAAAAGUAGUUGUUUCUGUCUUUGCUUGAUUUUUGCCUUUGUGUAAGAAAGGACACUCUGCUUUCUCAUUCCAAAACUGCUGCAAAAGUGCCUCAAGCAAAUAAAACGCUGAUUUCACUACCAUCGCUUCAUUUUCCUGGUCAGAUCACAUAACAUUAGGGCUGGGACAGUAGCAAUUUGGAAAAACUGAUAAAUCAAGAUUGAUAAAUCAAAAUUGGUAUUUAACAAUUUCAGUAAAUCUAGGACAGUUUCAAUUUGCACCAGAAGGGGGCGACAAAGUCUUAAGGCCUUUUCACACUGAGUCUGAGUUUCAUGUCGUAGCUCAUGGUUUGCACAUCUUGCUGCUUGGUGUUCAGAGCUGAAGCAGAGCCUCGAAAACCUUCAUACACAGUUGUGAGAUGGCAUUUAUUAGGAGAACGGAUCGUUCCCCGUUGUCUGUUUUUGAGUCUCAUUGCCUACUUUUCGUUACCACUCAAUGAAUCCAUUUAUUCUUUGUUUUUAUCAUCUGCGCAUGGGUGUUGAACAGUGUUGGGUGUUGUGUUUGUAAUUACAUGAAGAAAAGAAAUGCAUUACAAGUAACUAAUCACAUCUUCCAAAUUGAAUGAGAUUGUUACUUAUUACUACCUGGAAAAAGGAAAACCUAAUACUUUUUAGUAAUUUUUGCAGAAGGAAAUAGCCAGUCGCAGUAAACAAAAAGACCAAGAGAAAGUAACCAGUAGAAAAAGCUGGCGCAGGUCUGUUAUGUACAAGGACAGACAUGGUUUAUAUAUACUGAGCAGCCACUUCAUUAAGUACAUCUCCCUGUGCUUGUAUCUGUCCACUUUACUAUAUAGGUGCACUUUGUGGUUCUACAAUUACAGACUGUAGUCCAUCAGUUUCUCU